GAGGUCUGGUCCCGUCGCCCGCGCGGAACCAGCUCCCCGAGCUGCCCGGGCGGCGGGCGAGGGGCGAGCGGGCUUAGGCGAGCCAGAGGAGGCGCAGGCCCGGCCCGGGCGCUGCAGGUCAGUGUGAAGGACAGGAAAACAUCUCAACAUGGAAAAACUCUGCAAUGAAAAUGAAGGAAAGCUGGAAAGCGAAGGAAAGCCAGAAAAUGAAGUAGAGCCUGAAAAUCAAGGAAAGUCAGAUGAGGAAGAAAAGCAAGAAGUGGAGGGGAAGUCAGAACACGAGGGAGAGCUCCAGAAUGAGGGACAGCCAGAAGAUGAGGGACAACCAGAAGAUGAGGGGAAGCGAGAAAAGCAGGGCAAGUCUGAAGCUGAGGGAAAACCACACGGUGAGGGCAAGCUGGAAUCCCAGGCAAAGCCAGAGAGUCAGCCGUGGGCGGCGGAAAAGCGCCCCGCUGAAGACUAUGUGCCCCGGAAAGCAAAAAGAAAAACGGACAGGGGGACGGACGAUUCCCCCAAGGACUAUCAGGACAACUUACAGAAAAGGCAUCUGGGCAGUGAGGAGAUGAUGAGAGAAUGUGCAGAUAUGUCAAGGGCUCAGGAAGAGCUAAGGAAAAGACAGAAAAUAGGUGACUUUCAUUGGAUGCAAAGAAAUGUACAGGAUCCAUUCACCCCAAGGGGCCAACGGGGUGUCAGGGGAAUGAGGGGCGGAGGUAGGGGCCAGAGGGGCUUACAUGAUAUCCCAUAUCUUUAAUGCCUUUGGCCUUCAAUUCUGACUCCUCUGAUGAGAAUAUCGCUGACCCUGCUUUCCCUGGCCGGCAUUUGCCAGGCUAUGUGCUUUAACCUUACGCUGAUACUUUGCCUUAGGUGUCACUCUCGUUACCAGCAGCCUUUUGAUCCAACUACAGUGCUCUCUGUGUUUCAGUAGGGGAUUUUCACCCACGUGCAUGGAAGAGGUGUUCAUGGUACACUGUAAAAUAACAAUAAAGAAAAAACAGUUUUC